CCCCAAUGCCGCUGGCCUGGCCCCCCCCCGGGCCUUGAGCUCUCCCGCCUCCCCUUCCCCCUCCCCGCACACCGCCUGCCGCGGCUUCCCCCUAUCGCGAUAGUCGCCGGCGGCGCGGGGGGGGGGCCGCCAUGUCGAGCAGCGGUCGCAGCCCUUUGCCGACCGUCAACGAGAGGGACGCGGAACAGCCGGGCGCCGUGGAGGGCAAGGGCGGUGGCAAGGCCAGCAUGCUGCGGGGCCGCAACGCCGGCACGGCCGCCGAGGAGCAGCCCCACAUCGGCAACUACCGGCUGCUCAAAACCAUCGGCAAGGGCAACUUCGCCAAGGUCAAGCUGGCCCGGCACGUCCUGACCGGCAAGGAGGUGGCCGUGAAAAUCAUUGACAAGACACAGCUCAACUCCUCCAGCCUGCAGAAGCUCUUCCGGGAAGUGCGAAUAAUGAAGGUCCUGAACCACCCCAACAUAGAACUCCCAAUAUCUCUGAGUCUCCCGGAAGACCCUCGACCCCUGGGGAGGUGCUGGGAACCCCAGACCCACCCCCGUGCCCCCCCAAACCCCAAUAACCCCCCCCGGGGGUGCUCUCCCUCCCCGGGCCAGGCCGAGAACCUGCUGCUGGACGCCGACGUGAACAUCAAAAUCGCCGAUUUCGGCUUCAGCAACGAGUUCACCUUCGGGAACAAGCUGGACACGUUCUGCGGCUCGCCGCCCUACGCCGCCCCCGAGCUCUUCCAGGGCAAGAAGUACGACGGGCCCGAGGUGGACGUCUGGAGCCUGGGGGUCAUCCUCUACACGCUGGUCAGCGGCUCGCUGCCCUUCGACGGCCAGAACCUCAAGGAGCUGCGGGAGCGCGUGCUGCGGGGGAAGUACCGGAUCCCCUUUUACAUGUCCACGGAUUGCGAGAACCUCCUCAAGAAGUUCCUCAUCCUCAACCCCACCAAGAGGGGCACCCUGGAGCAAAUCAUGAAGGACCGCUGGAUGAACGUGGGCCACGAGGACGACGAGCUCAAGCCCUACAUGGAGCCCGUGCCUGACUACAAGGACCCCCGCAGGACAGAGCUGAUGGUGUCCAUGGGCUACACGCGGGAGGAGAUCCAGGAGUCGCUGGUGGGGCAGAAGUACAACGAGGUGAUGGCCACCUACCUGCUGCUGGACCACAAGAGCUCCGAGCUGGAGGAGAACCUGUCCCUGAAGCCGCGGGUGGCCCCGGAGGUGGCCAACAGCUCGGGCCCCUCCCCCGCCCACAAGGUGCAGCGCAGCGUCUCGGCCAACCCCAAACGGCGCGUCAGCGACCAGGCCGGGCUCUCCAUCCCCACCUCGGCCUCGUACUCCAAGAAAACGCAGGCGGCCAACGCGGAGAACAAACGGGGAGGAGGAGCAGGAGCGGGAGGAGGAGGAGGAGGAGGAGGAGGAGCAGGGGAGGAAGAGGGCGGGGGGCGCCGGGCCGGCAGCACGGCCAAGGUGCCCCCCAGCCCCCUGCCCGGCCUGGAGCGAUCCAAGGGCACCCCCUCCCCCUCCACGGUCAGUGCAGGCUGGGGAGGGAGGGGAGACCCUGGAUUUGGGGGGGGGGGGGGCCCCAACCCCGUGUCCCCCCGCAGCGGGGCGCCCCCCCGGGUGCCAGCAGCGUCCCCCUCGGCCCACAACGUCAGCCAGGGCCCUGGCGAGCGGCCGAGCUUCCCUCGGGGGGUCUCGAGCCGCAGCACCUUCCACGCCGGGCAGCUCCGCGCCCCCCGGGACCCCCGGGACCCCCUGCCCUACGCUCUGCCCCCCGGGCUGCCCCCGCCCGCCUCGCCCUCGGGCGCCAGCCAGGGCCGGCGCGGCCCCUCGGCCAGCCUCUUCAGCAAGUUCACCUCCAAGUUCGUGCGCAGGUGAGCCGCGGGGUCCCCGCACCCCACUGACCCGGUGGGCCCCGAGAAGGACCCCCGCGAGGCCGGUCGCGACGCCAAGCCGCGCUCGCUGCGCUUCACGUGGAGCAUGAAGACCACGAGCUCGCUGGAGCCCGGGGAGAUGCUGCGCGAGAUCCGCAAGGUGCUGGACGCCAACAGCUGCCGCUGCGAGCCGCAGGAGCGCUUCGUGCUGCUCUGCGCCCACGGCGCGCCCGGCCACGACUCCUUCGUGCAGUGGGAGAUGGAGGUGUGCAAACUGCCCCGGCUCUCGCUCAACGGCGUCCGCUUCAAGCGCAUCGCCGGCACCUCCAUGGCCUUCAAGAACAUCGCCUCCAAGGUGGCCAACGAGCUCAAGCUCUGAGCCGCGGCCGCCGGCUCCCGGCUGGCACGGACCGCGGGGGGAACGCCGGGGACAGCUCCGGGGUGGCUCUGGGGACACGGUGAGCCAGAGUGGCUCCGAGGGUCACUGAGCUCUGGGGACAUUGACAGUGACCCAGGAUGGCUCCGAGGUGGCCACUGAGCUCUGGGGACAGGGACAGUGACCCAGGAUGGCUCCGAGGUGGUCGCUGAGCUCCAGCUCUGAGCCACGGACACGCUGGGGACGCCCACGGGGGGACACGGCAGCGCCAGGACGGACCUUGGGUGUCCCAGGGGCUCCUGGAUGGAUCUGGGAAUCACCUGGAGGGACCUGGAGCGCACUCCAGGCCUUGGUGGGCACGGCCUGGAUGGACCCAGGAGCUCCUGGGGUGGCCAGGAUGGACCUGGGAUGGACCUGGGAUGGCCUGGAUGGAUCUGGGAACCCCUGGAUGGACCUGGGAACCCCUGGAUGGAUCUGGGAUGGACCUGGGAGCCCUGGAUGGACCCUCUGUGGGUCCAGGAAUGUUCCGGAUGGAGCUGGGGGAAAUCGUGGCUGGACCUGGCACCUGCCGGGGUCACCUGGCUGCACCUUGAGCGGGGUCCAGGUCUCAUGGGGACCCCCUGGAUGGAGCUGGGGCCUCGUGGGGACAGCCUGGGUGGGCCCUUGGGGACAUCCCGGUGGCCCAGGGACCUGGGGGCGUCUGCUGGGAGGGGGGAGCAAGGCUCGCCUGGGGACAGGGACCUGCGGGGACAGGAGUGGUGGGCCUCGAGAGGACGUCGGGACACCGCGGGUGGCCCGGGGACAUCCCGGGUGGCUCAGGAACUGCCGGGGGUGGCCCAGGGCCACGUGGGGACAAUCCCGGGUCACCCGGGGGUCCCUGAGCCUUACGGGGGGGGACACGGGGACAGUCCGGGGGUGGCCUUAGGGGGGGUGGGGAGCGACCCCUCCCCCCGGGGGAAUGCCGGUGUCCCCUCCCCCCUUGGGGACAGGGCUGUCCCCUCCCCCCGCACUCAGGAAGGCCCCGGGGGGGGAGGGGCGGGGGCGCUGCUGCUGCCGGGGGUGGCUCCGGGGUGGGGGUGGGGCGUCCCCUCCUCCCCCCCCUCUUUUUUUGUCCUGCUGUAGCCCCGCCCUGGGCACCGCCCCUGGGGGCGGGGACACUCCGGGGGAGGGGCCAAAGCCAGGCCACGCCCCCUCUGCCGUGGAUUUUCCAGGUUCUGAUUAAAAACUUUCCAGAAA